AGAUGAAGUGACGCAAGAUUUCACACAAGGCUUCCUGAAGCUCAGCUGAGCAGGUAGUGCAAGUGUCCUUCAAUACAACAACGAAAAAGAAGAUAUUUUUUAAGUAUUUCAUCUGAUAAUCCAAUGAUCAAAAUGAAAGCACACAUCAGCUCACUUUAAAGUGUGUGACCGCUUUGGGAGGAAAGGAAAUAAGAACUCUGAAGGACAAUUUCAGUAUUAUAGCCUAUGCUGAAGAUGACUUGUGCAAAUGUGAUGUCGCGGUUUGGCCCGCCGGUCUCUGUGAGGUCUGUGGAGGUGACCUCGGGCUUCAGGUGCAGAGGAUCGCCCAACAUCAACCGCCUGCUCGGCGUGUCUUCCCCCAAACCCCUGAGGCCCUGCAUCUCCCAUCAGCCGGUGAUUGAGUACAGACACUCCCCUUCCACAGGCCUCAUCACAGCCGAAAGAGGCCGCGGGGAAAAACGCGUCGCGUUCGCGGACGCCAGAGGACUUUCCCUCAUCACGGUGCGCCUGUUCUCCGAGAAAGGGGACAAAAUCCCGCGUGAACCGGUGGAAAUACCACGACUGAAAGAGACCGUUAAUAAUAUUUCGAGGUUGAGGCUUGGGUUUGAGCAGCCUUGUGGCGAUUUCCAGGCGUUCAGAAGUCGUCUUCAGGAACGUAUGGUGGCGUUGGAGAGCUGUAAUGUGACCAGGUGCUCCAUCCUCGGCACCGUGCGCGUCAAGAACGUUUGUUUUGAGAAAGCGGUGCAAAUCCGUAUCACUUUCGACGCCUGGCGCAGUUACCAGGACGUGGCGUGUAGUUACCUGGAGCAGAGUUAUGGGGAACCUGGAACCGACGUGUUUGAGUUUAACAUCGGCGUCCCUGAGCGGAUAAACCCGCGCGAGCGCAUCGAGUUCUGCGUGUCUUACUUACCCGCUGCGUUCAGUGCUGCUCAAUGGGACAAUAAUAACGGCAAAAACUACUGCAUUCAUGUGUGUGAAGUGUGACUGCUGUUUUCUAAUGACACUUAAACACUUUUUGUGCAAACAAACCUGAAACUCUACAAACGUUGCACUUUGUCACCUGCUUUCUGACCCGUUUAGCACUACUGACUAACUUAAUGCUGUCUGCUGUGCCACGAUAACGGAGUGCUUUUCUGAGCACUCAAAUGUAUUUUAUAAAUGUAAAUGUAUUUGGCAAAUCAGCAUGUAUAAAUCUCAUAUACUGUGGAAAUGUUUAUUAAACCUUGCAUGCUGUGGUAAAUAUAUUUUUUAGAUUUGUAUCGAAUAAAUGUGCUAAUUUUUAUAUUUUCUUCUACUUUUAAAGAUGAACGAUUUUAGGAAUGUGCCGUUUAUCCUGUAAGACUGAGC